UGUCUCCGAGCGCAGCGCAUCUCUGGAAUUUGGUUUGAUUAGAAAUAAAUCUAAAUUCUCUUGAUUUUACGCGUCGGUCGGGUUCUUCUAACAGCACCUUUCUCUGCUACUUGAACUAUUUCAGCUAGUGUUUCGAAUCAGAGCCUGCCUGGUAAAUAGGCCUAUCCAUUCAUAUUCCACUUUAUUCUUAUUCAGCCUAAAUACACUCAAGGAAUCAUUCGGCUUUUGUGAACAAAGCGUCCGGAAAUUUGCUGUUUUUUCCUCUUUUCUUUUUCACUGGAAGGAUUUUACAGGCAUCCUGCCACAUCUUCAUAAGUAUGAAACAGCCCACUGCCAAAACGGAGAUGAGUCGUUUCAACAUCUCUCCUGAAGAAGACAGCAGCAGCUCCAACAGCAAUGAAUACACCUACCAGGACUGCCCUAAGAAGGUCCCACUGAGCGGCCAAUACUCUGACAUCGACGCAGAGAGUCAAAACUUCCUCCCUGAACACAACCUGGGCAAGAAGAAGUAUGAAACUGAAUAUCACCAGGGCAAUGCUUCCUUUGGCAUGUCCGUCUUCAACCUGGGCAACGCCAUCAUGGGCAGUGGCAUCCUGGGCCUGUCCUACGCUAUGGCCAACACUGGCAUCGCCCUCUUUGUGAUUCUCCUCGUGGCCGUGGCCAUCUUCUCUUUGUAUUCUGUCCACUUGCUGCUGAAGACGGCCAAUGAAGGAGGCGCGCUGGUGUACGAGCAGCUGGGCUACAAAGCCUUCGGGAUGCCGGGGAAACUCGCCGCUUCCUGCUCCAUCACCAUGCAGAACAUCGGAGCCAUGUCAAGCUACCUCUACAUCGUCAAAUACGAGCUGCCCAUCGUCAUCCAGUCCUUUAUGGGAAGCAGCAAUGGAGAAUGGUACACUAACGGUGACUACCUUGUGCUGCUGGUGACGCUGGUCAUUAUCCUGCCCCUGUCGCUGCUCAGGAACUUGGGUUACCUUGGUUACACAAGCGGUCUGUCCCUGCUCUGCAUGGUGUUCUUUCUGAUUGUGGUGAUCAUCAAGAAGUUCCAGAUCCCGUGCCCUCUCCCUGAGGACGUCAACGCCCUGAACGAAACCAUUAGCAAAGUGCUGAACACCACCCUGGCCCACCUCAACACCACCGCCGUGGACUACAGCGAGGACGCUUGCACGCCAAAAUACUUCGUGUUCAACUCUCAGACUGUCUACGCCGUUCCCAUCCUGACCUUCGCCUUCGUGUGCCACCCCGCCAUCCUGCCCAUGUACGAGGAGCUCAAAGACCGUUCCCGCAGAAAGAUGCAGGGCGUUGCUAACGUGUCCUUCCUGGCCAUGUUCCUCAUGUACCUGCUGGCCGCCCUCUUUGGAUAUCUGACCUUCAACGUGCAUGUGGAGCCUGAGCUGCUGCACACCUACUCCAAGGUCUACAAGUCUGAUGUGAUCCUGCUGAUCGUCCGCCUGGCUGUGCUGACCGCUGUCACCCUCACCGUCCCUGUGGUGCUUUUCCCUAUCCGUACCUCUGUCAACCAGCUCCUGUGCGCCUCUAAGGACUUCAGCUGGAUCCGUCACACCAUCAUCACUGUGGUCCUGCUGGCCGGCACCAACGCCCUGGUCAUCUUCGUCCCCACCAUCAGGGACAUUUUUGGCUUCAUCGGCGCCUCCGCUGCCGCCAUGCUCAUCUUCAUCCUGCCCUCGGCUUUCUACAUCAAACUGGUCAAGAAGGAGUCCAUGAAGUCUGUGCAGAAGAUUGGGGCCACCGCCUUCCUGCUGUGCGGCUUCCUAGUCAUGAUCGGCAGCAUGAGCCUCAUCAUCCUGGACUGGAUCCACAACGCCUCGGCCAGCCCAGACGCACACGCCGACGGACACUAAAGCUGCACCUGUCCUGCCGCGGCCUGCUAAGCAAAGAGGACGCUCUCUGCGCUGGACGGCCGGCAAACCGACGAAGAUCGACACCUAUUGAAAAAGAAGAAAAACACAAGAACUCACUUGAUGCCCGGCUUUGACUUCCUGAGCGACAAACCAUGCCAUUCCAAGAGAAUGUAUCUGAACUUUGUACAGUAUGCUGUUAUAGGCCACAAAGAUGGUGUUUUACUUGUUUUUUCUCUUUUUAUUGCAACUUUUGUUUUUUUUUCAUCGUUGUUCUUGCUUUGUUUUUAUGGUCUUUUGUAGUUAUGGUACAGCUGAAAACAAAUAUUUGAAGGUGCCUCAAAUCAGAGAUGACAUAGUCGUAGAGUUCAAAGUGCAGCUUACGCUCAGGUACGGUGUCGUGUGUGCGCGAGUGUGGCUGUGACCUCAGAGCUCGGCAACAACGAAUCCUGCUGAGAAAAGAGCGCGAGUCUCCCCGAGACUGACGAGAGGCAACAGACUUGAAAGUUUGUCCUCCUCAAGGAGGAUUAAGUUCCUUCCAACAUUUGUUGUUUUGUUUUGUUUUUUCCUUUUUUACUUUGCCAAAAAUGUAUUUGUAAAGCAUCUUUGUAUAUUGAAAAGCACUUACUGUUCAGCACACUUGUGGAGAAAAAAAAAAACCCAGAUUUGUCAGUUUUCACAGGCGAGGCCUGCUACACCGCCUAGUCAGUAUUCGUACAAAGGUUGUGUGACCUUGCUUAUAGUGUCAGCUUUCCUUGUAAAACAUAGUGUAAGUCAACAGAACCUGCCUUUUCAAACCCGACACUGGGAGCUGCAUUUAAGUAUCUCACAAGAGGACUCUUUCAAAACUGUAUUUACUCUUUAUAACCUGCUGAAGAUCUUGUUGGAAUCGCUUGUGCAGCGACGACACUACUGCUUCGAGACCUGGGGGCCGCCGAGCCUCCAGUUCCACCUCCCCGUCCAGGGGAGGGGGAAACUUAAAAUUUUUUCUUUAUGGGAGAAUACUUUGAAUUUGACCACAUGCAGUGGUUGUAAUAUACCUGUUAAACUUGCAAAAAAAAAACAAACAAAAAAAGUCAGGUG